CCAACACCUGCGCCAUUCACACGCCUCUCAAACACCCACACACAUCCACUCACUCACUCACCUACACACACGCACGCACGUACACAUACACACUCUCGCCAGCCUCCCUCCACACAUACCCCCAUACCCGCAUCCUCGAUCGCGCACACAGACGUACGCACGCACAACCCACGAGCGCGCGGCUCUCCCUUCGUAUAGGCUUCGUGCCUCACCACGCAAAACUCUUCGCACGCCUGUCCUCGCCCUCCAGUCUCUUCUCGAUUUGCCGCCCACUUGUUUCCUGUGAAUGCUGCCGUCUACCUGGCGGGUUCCUCCGUCUUCCCGCCGCGCUUGAUCACAUCCUACCGCGCCCUCUUUUGGUCAUCAUGGCUACACAAAGUGCCUUCAUGGUGGGAACACCCAAUAAUGCUUCUUCGCACGACUCGAAGAGUGCGAGCCAUCCCAGUUUCAGAAGGCAGCGCGCAUCGCGAGCUUGCGAGACAUGUCAUGCACGAAAGGUAUGCAAACGUCCUGCACACGAAAUUUUCGACCUCAUUUACCUCCGCCCAGCACGAAGAGCGUUGAGGAGGCGUGCGACCCAACGGUUUCCGACCUUUGGAUGAUGUUGAACGGAUUAGCUCACCCGUACGUCUUAGGUACGAUGCGACGCCGCGAGCUUAGGCGUGCCGUGCACAAACUGCACAGCGUUCGGCAUCGAAUGCAAGAUUCCAACACCCAAGAGAAAGAAGACGGCAAGCAUGAAGAAGGAUGAAGAGCAAGACGAGUCUAAGCACGGCUCGACUUCACCGGGAGGAACAACGCCAACGUCUGCAGAACCGUCGAGCAAGCCGAAUCUAAUGCAACAGCCGCUGGACGGUACACCAUCCACCACUGUGUCGGAGGCAUAUGCAGCUCAGCAGCAGUCCCACAAUGGCACGUACGUGCAAUUCAUGAAACCCAAGUUUGCCCGGGCUCCGAUCAAGGAGGCGGGCAGAGUAGCGUACCUGGGCGAGUCCUCCAACCUGUCCAUUCUAGUGCACGACCGGUACGGCACCAGCGAUGUGGUCCAUUACCCGCUGCCGGAUAACGUUCGCGGGGCCAAGGCGCGCGCAAACGACUUGGACAACAUGGAGAUUGACAUACUCCACAAGCGCGGUGCCUUCCUGCUACCACCGCGCGCCCUAUGCGACGAGCUCAUCGAGGCUUUCUUCAAGUGGGUCGCACCCGUCGUGCCUGUCAUUAACAAGACUCGUUUCAUGCGCCAGUACCGCGACCCUAAGAACCCACCCUCCCUUUUGUUGCUGCAAGCCAUGCUGUUGGCCGGCUCACGCGUUUGCACAAACCAGCAGCUGAUGGACUCGAGCGGUUCCACGACCCCAGCCGCCAUGACCUUCUACAAGCGAGCCAAGGCACUGUACGACGCAAACUACGAAGACGACCGGGUCACAAUUGUGCAGGCGCUGACGCUCAUGGGCUGGUAUUGGGAAGGCCCCGAGGACGUCACGAAGAACGUGUUCUACUGGAGUCGCGUCGCUGUUGCCGUCGCCCAGGGUUCUGGCAUGCACAGGAGCGUGGAAAAUUCGCAGUUGAGCCGGGCCGACAAGCGGCUGUGGAAGCGCAUAUGGUGGACGUUGUUCUCCCGCGACCGUUCGGUGGCCGUAGCGCUUGGACGCCCCUGCGCAAUCAAUCCGGAGGACGCCGACGUCGAGAUGAUCUGCGAGGAGGACUUCAUCGAAGACGAACCCGACCGGCCGUCCGAGUAUCCGCCAGAUCCCGUGCACGUCCAGUUUUUCAUCCACUACGUCAAGCUGUGCGACAUUAUGGGUAUCGUGCUGUCUCAACAGUACUCGGUCGCGUCCAAGUUCAAACGGACGGCGGCUAUGGACCUGACCCACAGCGACAUGGCGCUCGCCGACUGGCUACAGCAUUGCCCCAAGGAGAUACAAUACGACAAGAAAAAUCAUCACUUCUGGGCGGCGCUGCUGCACUCAAACUAUUACACGACUCUUUGCUUGUUGCAUAGGGCUCACAUGCCCCCUGCUGGCUCGCCCAAGACCAAUUCGCUCGGCUACCAGGAGGAGAUGGCGUACCCGUCACGCAACAUCGCGUACCAGGCUGCGGGCAUGAUCACCUCCAUCAUCGAUAACCUGUCGCAGCACAACGAGCUUCGUUACACACCUGCAUUUAUCGUCUACUCGCUUUUCUCCGCCCUGAUCAUGCACGUGUACCAGAUGCGGUCCACCAACAGGCAGAUCGUCGAGGCUACAGAGCAACGCAUGCAGGUCUGCAUGAACGCGCUCCGGGAGGUGUCCAAAGUCUGGCUAGUUGCUAAGAUGGUGCACACGCUGUUCGAGUCUAUCCUCGGCAACAAGACUCUCGAGGAGAGGCUGCAAAAGGCUGCUGGCAAGCGGCACAAGAAGACUCAACACAACGGCAGCUAUCCGGGCUCGAGAGCGAACGGUGCUGUAGCCCCGACGGACACGACCCAGAAGCGUAAGUUCGACGAGAUGGAUAUUGGCUUCACCAACGGGCCACCCUCGCAGCAAAUGUCGUACGAGAGGUCGAGACCGCAGACCCCAGCUCUGACGUCUAGCGGCGGGGGCGGCAGUGGCACUGCUGCCACUGCUACUCAGGAGAAUGGCAUGCCACAGCUGACCACCAACUCUCCUCAGCUGGUGCGUCAGCCAACCGACGCUUUCCUCGGCGCAUCCGCCUCGCGCACCAACACGCGCCCAACCACACCGUUCAACCCAUCCUUCUCCGUACCUGGCACACCACCCGAGCUGUUCCUAGUGACGCGCGACACGCCCAACCUGUCGCAAGACUUGUGGCAGAACUUCCAGCCUGAUCAGCUCUUCCCUGCCGACUCGAACAUCGCCUUCCCAACCUUUAGCCCGGCUGCCAACGUGGACCCGCAACUCAGCAUGGCACAGCAACAGCCCAGCCUGGACGCACCAUCGGCGACCAUGAACCCACAACAUGUGGUCAGCCUACCGCAGCAUCAGAAUGAUCCGAGCGCAUGGGCCCAGCAGAUGGGUGGGGUAGGGCAGGCUGCGGGUGGCCAGCAGGCGUGGAACGACGAGACGGGAAGCAACAGCUCGAAAGGUGGCGGCCCGAUUGUGCCGACGACCCUUAAUGUGGAGGAUUGGUUUCACUUCUUUGGCAUACAUGGCGACGGAAACCCUCUGAACGCAUUUUGAAUUAAGGAACUUGUAUCAUCAACUCUGGAGAAAUGACGGACCAUCCUCUGGACUCUUGUUCACGACCAUCAACGCUUCGACGCAUGAAGAAAAGAGAUAUCUACGGCGGGUGAAUGAACUCUCCUUUUAUUUUUUUUUACUAAUCUUUUCUACCCUCUUCCUCUUGCUUUGCUCUCCCCCCAAAGGAGGAAAAAAAAAUUUUUUUUCUUCGCAAUAUAUUUAAAGUGGGGUCUAUGAGCAUACUUUUGGGUCAUCUACCGAGCUAUAAACGGAGUGAUUUGAACGGUUGGCCUGGCAAAAUCCAUUGGCCUUUUUUGGGUCUUUUUCUGGGAGGACAUGAUACCAAAUCGGUAGUGUAUUCUUGUAUUUCCUCCUACUCCUUCCUUAUUCGCGCAUCUCCCGAACACAUGGGCGGGUUGGUGACCCGCCUGCGUUCCUUGAAAUGCGCACAGGAUUAGCUGAGCACCAGGCCUGUGAGACUAUAGCUAAUACGA